UUUAAAUACAUACUACCGCUGCUUCUUAUAUGUAACGAAUUAAGUAAUUCAUUCUUAAUCUGUUCUAGUUCAAUCAACAGCUAGCCAGCGAUCAACCAUGAACGAUCGUACCACAUUGGAGUGGCGGUGGAAUCUGGACAUAGACACAGAAGAUGAUCCCGAUCUUGAAAGGUCUCUAGUUAGUAUAUAUCUGGACGGGAAUGCUUCAUAUGCUAAAACAUGGUGGCUUACGGCAGAAGGCGGCCGCGGCAACAAGAAGCUUCUGUAUAAUAUGGAGGACUGUGUUGACGUUUGUGGUAAAUGUGUGGAGAAUAUUGACCUGAAGAAGAUCCUCCACAGAGGAACCGAAAAAGAAGAAGAAGAAUUCAUCACUUUAAUUACAGAAAAAAUUCUCUCCCCGCUGGAGCCUGCGGUCUGCUGGGCUGGACUAAGAAGCUUCGCCCGUUUUGUGUUAGUCGACUGUCGAGAUCGGCUGAACGAUAAACUGAGUAUCCUCGAUAAAAAAUGCUCAAAAUCGUUCUCGGUUGGUGUGGGUGUUUUUAUACAUUUGUCUUUAAUUUUGACAGUUAACGACUUGAUGAGGAGUUUCGAAGAAUGCCUGGGGCGGCGGCGCAGGGACGAUGGUUUUGAUUUUUACAGUCCAUCGUCUCCAAUGCCUCUACCGGUGAUAGUUCCCGAUGCCUACGACUAUUUCCGACUUGGCGGUGACGAAGAGGAAGGAGAAGAAGAAAAAACAUGUGCAAUUUGUUUCGAGAACUUCGGACCCUCGUCCUCCGAGUUUACGAUGGUUCGCCUCCAAUGUCUGGACGAGCUUCUCCCGGGCCCGGAGGAGCAUUGGCACAAGGCAGCGCGGGGUAAUGGAGCAAUGUUGUUGCCAUGUGAUCACAUAUUCCAUGUAAAUUGCAUCUCCAACUGGUUGCUGAGAUCACCACCCCUUUGUCAUACUUGCCCUUUAUGCAGGUUUCACGUCCCUCCUCGCCCUCUCGUACUCUUUCUUCUACAUCUCUUUCCUCUUAAAGUGAUGAGCUCAAAUUUCGAGUACGUCAAGAAUUAUGUGUGAAUUCCUGAAUCUCUAUCGAGCUUUUGAUCGAACACCUUCCGGGCAAAACCGCAAAAGAGAUCUUUCCUCAUAUCUUGUGCGAGUUUUAAGCGCGCCUAAUAUUGAAUUUGAUUAGAUAUAAAUUACUGUAGUUGCUCUGCUACUUUGUAAUUACUCCGUAUAUAUUACUCGUAUUUGGCAACAGAACAUCUUGUGAAAC